AAGUUCUCGCAAAGAAUUAUAUAAAACUACUGGCACACAGUGUGUGUUACAGUUUGUGUAGGUGUGCUUGUAGAGCGCUGGUGUGGAGAGUUUGUGUUUAAUUCUUUUCAUAAACGUUGAGGAGGGAAUAAAAAACAUGAAUCCACAAAACGUCAUAUCCCUGCUGGUCGCGUUCUUCUCGCUGUCAUCAGCUCAACAGAAGGACCAAAUAGUGGACUAUAUUGGCAAGGGCAUCCAACGAGAGAUCGUGGCGGCCAAGCUGCCCAUCGUGGAAACCAUAGCCACUGUUGGCUCUUCGCAAUGUAAGCACGUAAAGAAAUUAGUUGGUGUCUCGUACGAACAGCUGCAGGGUGAGAACGAGCCUGAUUUAAAUCAAUUGAGGAUAUUUUAUAAAAACAGACGGUCCGCUAUAAACUUAAACAUAUCGGAAGCAGCUGGCUGGCUGCGGCAAGCGCGCCAAUAUGAACCGGAUAACAGAUUCAUAAUCUUUGUGCAUGGAUUCACAGAUAAUCCAACGAAAGAUAGCUUUACGAACAUUAGCUCAUCUUUUUUGAAGAACAAUCAUAACAGUGUAUUGGCUCUGGACGGUAGUUCCCUGAUCCGCUGGUUGUACCUGCGCUCCACCACGUACGUGCGCUUCAUUGGCCGCUCGCUGGCUGAACUACUCGCUGUGCUGGUUGGUUUCGGCCAGGAUCCUUCUCAGAUCCAUAUAAUCGGCCACAGUCUCGGAGCUCACAUCGCUGGCUUCACAGGCAAGACCUUCCAAGAGCUCACUCGCCGCAACCUCGGCCGGAUAUCCGGGUUGGAUCCCGCGGGACCCUGCUUUAGCCAUGUGGAUCCUGAACUGAGACUGAAGCAUACAGACGCUGACUUUGUAGAUGUUAUACAUACGGAUGCUGGCGUGUAUGGGAUAAAGGAUGCUGUGGGCCACGCGGACUACUUCCCCAACAGCGGCGCGAUGCAGCCUGAUUGCGUGCUGCAGACGUGCUCGCACUCCCGCGCAUGGCUGCUCUAUGGCGUAUCUAUAUUAUCUCCGGAUUCCUUCCCAGCUGUUAGGUGUGCGGAUUGGGAUGCUUUUAAAAAGGGACAGUGUGAGAAGGAAAUCAGUUACAUGGGCUACCCAGCUAAGCCAGGCACCAGGGGACAAUAUUAUCUCCAAACUGGAGACAAGUUUCCAUACAGUUUGGGCAAGGACGGCCUGCGGUAUGUGAAUAAUGAAGGCAUCGUUCAGAGUAUUGGAAAUAUUUUCGGAUGAUAACCAUUUAGUUAGAACUCAGUUUUUUAUUGUUUACAGGCCGUUACUGAGGUUCAAUUCAAAAUAACUAUGAGAUUUGCAUUCUUUUAUUUGGAUAUAUUUUAACAAAGAAGUGACAGUAUUGUAUAAUUUCAAUCUUGCGCAUCGUAGAAACACUAUGAUAUUAUUUAUGUAAUAGAGUAUAAUGUUUUAGCCUUUCAGUAAACUAUACGUCGAUUUUUUUAGUCAUUAUGUGGGAAAAUAUAGGGAUAGGUUUAAAUUUUAUUAAUAAUUUAUUUCUCUGUCUGUUUAGUCUGUAAUUAUUUCGUAUAAAAACCACUGGACCGAUUUCCAAAAAUUCUUUCAUUAUUAGAAAGCUGCAACUUCAUUGAGUGACUUAAUGGUCGUAUGGAACAACGGGAUAAGCCGGGCGUAUCUCUAGUUUUGUGAUAAAUUAUUGAUGUAAAUAAAACUCUUGUUUCGAGUG